AUGUCUGCCCAGUCUUCAACAUCAGAUGCGCGCCCCUGCCUGUUCUCCAGAGGGAGGUUGCAGUUGGAAGUCUACACUUGGAGGAUCCAAGAAGCUGUUCUGGCACUGGAGCCUGACCCAGAUCACUUCACCAAGGUCCAUUGGGAGGAAGGCUUGCGCCGGGAGAUGUUCGCCGUCAGGGGUAUCUGUGGCGACCUCGCGUUGGCGGGUCAUGCUGACCAUAUUGACCAUGGCGGAGUUAUCGCCAGUGUCCUUACCAUCUGCACUUUCAAUCGCGAAGUUCUGCGCCCCAUCAGCAUUGACGUCAAGGCGAUUCCACGCCCCACCACCCUUGUUCCUCAUCCUAAGAACCUACUCGAGGAUUCACCCGACUACUGGUGGAAAUGGGAUCGUCAGGUUGGGCUGGCGGGGAGCCCUAUGGAGGCCUGGUGGUACAAACUUGGUGAUCCCUGGGAGAAGGUGUACACCGUCUCCGAGUCUACACUGGUGCAGCUUGAACAGCUGCAUGUUCACGUCGCGAACCUCACUAGUUGGUUGCACGAGAGGACAGAUCAGAACCUGGAUGUGGUGCUGGAAGAGCUGCAGGAGGCGACGCGGCAGCUGCCAUGCGGCAAGGAGUGUCGUAACUCCUCUGGACUCACUCAGCACUACAACAGUGCUCAUGCACUUCCUCAGCAGCAUGUGGUGCUGAACUCGGUACUGCAACAGGACGAGUAUGAGUAUGAAGAGCCUCAGAAUUCAGGUCCACAGUUUUUGGAUCAUGAAGACUUUCCAAUGGAUGGUCCUGAUGAGGAUGACGGAGACGGGCAGGUGAUGGAGCCUCAGAUAUUUGAACAUGAGCUCCUCAACGGCCGUCCUUGUGAUGCCUACAUGGACGAUUGGACACCGUACAGCAGCCGCGUAGAGUUCGAGAUGGCAGAGUUCCUUUUCAAACGUGACCAGAUGUCCCAGUCAAAGAUAAACACUUUGAUGGCUCUGUGGGCCGCAUCCCUCCUUCCAUAUGGUGCAGACCCACCUUUCGCUGAUCACACUGACAUGUACUGUACAAUCGAUGUGACACCGGAGGGUGGAAUUCCGUGGCAGUCAUUCACCGCGGCAUACACCGGGACCCUUCCUAAAGGCAAGGUGCCAUCGUGGAUGACGGCCAAUUAUGACGUGUGGUUUCACGAUCCUCACGCUGUUAUCAAAUCUAUGCUCGCAAACCCUGACUUCAAUGAUGAGUUUAACGCUGCCCCUUAUCGCGAGUUUACGGGGCCCGCAGAACACCUCAAGCUCGAGCUGAGACAUGCCCAGAAAUCCACGGCAGAGCAUGUGGAACGCGCCGACAAGUUGAAGAAGCAGAACGAUGCCCUGGAAUUGCGGGUGCAUGAGUUGAAGAAGGCGGGCACCUCUGACCAAGCUGACCUGCGGGAGCUCCGUAUGAAGCUGCGUGUCACAGAGCACGAGCGUGCCCAGCUCGCUGUGAAGCAGGGAGAGGCAUGGCAGGCUCUGCAGGUGGCAGAGUCGAGGACGAAGCAGGAAGUGCAUGAGCGAGGGAGGAAGCUUGCCGAGGUGGAGAAAGGGCUGAACUUGAAGAGGAAGAAGCGCGAACUCUCCGCCUGCAUGAGACGUUCGAGUCUUAAGAUGGGGUAUGGCGUGCGUGCGCUGCAGGCUUUGAAUUCCUUCUACAGUGGAGAAUACUUCAACCUGGAUGAGGUGUCAAAUCUGGAGCAUGCUUAUCUUGAUCCUGCCGCUAUUGACAAGUCAACAUCGCUGCUGACAGAUCAGCCGAUGAUCCGCACAGCCACGGCGAUGCCACCACUGCUGGAGAUGCUCAAUCACCUCGGUGUUUUGUCAUCAGGAAAACCUUAA